CCCUGUACUCUUCGGCUUUUCCGUCUUUCUCUCUAAUGUCUUCCCCUAUAUAUCUAUUUCUUUCUAAGCGCAGAAUGAACGCAGUGCAGCUACAAGGACGCAUGCAUCGUUCUGUCAAAGCUCUUGGCGCGCAAGCGCAAUUUGUCGGGCAAUGUCAAAUAGACCGACUCUUUUCCUUCUCUCUUUAUCUCUCCCACUUUGCGUUAGAUAAUCGUUCUCGCCGAAUGAAACGCAUCUCGAGCAUGACGCCGGCUGCGGAAAAUGCGCCGCGCUGUCGCGCUCGUUGACGCGAUUCGCCACGCCUGUCCUUUCUCUCCCUCUUUCGAAUCCUCGGAGUCCUCCACCGUGUAUGCGUCGCAUCGCGAUUUCCGUGAAAUUGACGCACGAUUGACGGAAUGCCAGUGAACGCAUCCGUGGCUUUGCCGGCCCGUUGUCCCGUAACAAGGCACCUGGUGGAACGUCGCUCCUCCAUGAACCGCGACUCCGUGCGCUGAGUCGUGCUUCGUUGGUAUACAUCAAACAAACAUCGACUCGAAUGCUCAUUUAUUACGCUCAUACAUCAACUGUCAACGAAACGAAAGCGGAUUCGAAGCUCCAACGAAGGCAGAAGUGUGUAUGCUGUAAUGCAUGUGUUAAACGCGUUCAAUAUAACAAUCUCCAUAAUUGUUGAGUUUAGCUUAAAUUAGGUAAGCGAUAAGAAGAACUGGGCGCUAAGAUGGUACGCGUGAUAACGGUGCACAAUUUCCUGGGACAGAAUGUCGCCCAGAUCGAUGAACCCACGGCGACGUGCACGGCUAGCAGCCAGGGGCAGGAGAUGCUCCUGCUGGCGUUGCCCACACACUGCGUGGAGGUAUGGGAGCUGAUGAAUUCGGACGUCAAGUUGCGCACUGUUUUUCCCACGGUAGACAUGAUCAAUCACAUGGUACACUGCGCCAAGGGAGACUACGUUGUGACGCUGGAAUCAAAAUAUCUCAGAGACACUGCGAGCAAUAAUCAUGCAAAUAGAGCCACUUCUAAUUUUGUAAGGAUUUAUGUAAAUUGGGCUACGGCGAAAGAUCAGAGUCAGCCGAUGCGAGCCAGGAUUGCUGGGCGGGUCACGCCGAGCUUAAAUCGACCCUUGAACAGCUUGGAGAUGAUAGAGUUACCUCUGAGCGUGCAACCUACGUUAAUCGCUUGCUGCCAGUGCACCGGGAACUUAUUGGUAGCUUCCGGAAACAGUGCGAUUCUGCAUGAGUUCAAGAUCGAAACGCAACAGGUAUCAAAGAUGAAAUUUAUAGAUUUUGAGCCUAGACCUUGGUCGUUGGGAUUCACAUUCAUACCUACACGCAUGGAAAUCAUGGAAGAUUUUAUAGCAAUCAUGGAUAAUACAAAUUUAUCCGUUUUUCGUCUCACAAACUCGAUGUACGAAGAUAUUGACCAACUUAGCUCUUUAACUUCCACUUCUUCUUCCGUCGACAAGACGUCCAUAUCCACAGAUUCAUCUCUCGUAGAUAAUAGCAGCAACCUUGGAAAUGAUGAUAUGUCACUGCAGGGAACAAAUGUAAAGCACAAAUCUAUUGAUCAAGAUUGUCAGUAUGCGACACCUAAAAAUAAUGAAACAAUUGUGACCAAUGUAAAAUCUAAAGAUAAAAAACACAGGAGUACAAAGGGAAGUACAUGGUAUAAGCCAGAAGUAGACGAUUUCAACAAAGCAAAGGCAAGUAAUAAUAAGAAUUACAUAGACUGGGAGCACCUGAUAUGCAACGAGAAAGAUGAGAUGCAAAGGCUAAUUGCUCAAGGAAUUAUUGAUCCUUCUUCACAGCCAUUGACGGUGAAUCUGCCACUGAUAAGCUUAGAAAGGGCUGGUCCAGGUCACGCUCUCAGUCCUUUUGUACUAAAUUCAGCGGACAUAAAAAUCUUCAUCAAGACAACUUCGCCUGACGUAGGCUGGUCUGAAAAUUAUAUGAUAAAAAAUUUACUAUGUUUAAAAAUCAACGCUGGAAAUAAUAAUGCCAAGGUAGACGGAAUUCUAGAGAUCUUCAGAUGCCUCGUACUGAAGCCGCUGUAUAUGAAGAAGGAAUGUAACAUCACCGGUGUGAAGAAAUCUAUGUUGCGAUCCGAUAGGUACAGAUACUUGCAAGGUGUAAGUUGUUUCGUUUGUACUACGCAGGAGGGAUAUCUGUAUCACUUCUCAGCGGCAAGCAGCGGUUCUCUGGAUGCGACGUGUCUGACCACUUAUCCGUUCACCGCACCUGUUCAUCACGUGGCGCUGGAGCACACGGUACUUCACGCAUUGACCGAGGCCGGUCUCGAGUCCUACACAUUACGUCUUUCUCAUCAUAUCGCGAAAUUGUCAAACAGCACGGACAGCGUUAGAGUAACUUGCCCCAGUGUCAACGAACCGGUAAGCCUUAUCGGUUUAAGACCGUUCCUGGGAAUACAGAAGCUGUUGCAUACGAGAAGCUAUAUAGUUCUGCUAGCUAAGGCCGACAGUUCUUGGACCAUGUACUCUUUGAAUCUACCGAAAUUCGAAAAUGUAUAUUUCGAUAUAUUGAAUGCAGCAAGGAGUCAUAAAUCCUCCAGUCCGAGCACUUAUCGACAUUUGCUGGGAGAGGCACACGCCUUGAUACGCUUGGCGAAGGAUGUUUCGUACGAUGGCGUGGAUAACGAGGAAUUCGACGAUGCGAUGCACAAGAAUGAUCUCAAGUUGAAAAACCUCUACAAUCAAUCGUGCGCGUUGCUCGCGGAUUACUAUAUACGAUCGGAGAAUGAAUCGGAUUGGGAUUUGUGUAUUCCUUACUACAAGAUGUCCGGGCUAAAGCCUUCCGAGGUGUUAUCCAGGAAAUGCAGUCAGGACGCACCGGGACUCCUGACGUUCUUAACGGAUGCGCUUCUCACGAUGAAAAGCGGAUCCGAAGCGGACGCGCUUUUCCAAGGAUUUAAUAUCAUAGAAAUCAUCUGUAAACUGGAGAAGGAGGAUCUGUUGAAAUUAAUCUUCGGGAGUCCUGUGCUGAGGGAGUACGCCACCGAGAAACUGAUAAAUCUUCUGCUAACGCACGAAACCGACGAUAUUGUUAAACUCGCCUUGGCACUCUUAUACAUUCAGGCCGACAAACAGGAACAAGCGGAGAAGGCGUUGGAGCCAGUUUCCGUGCGAUGUAUCAACCAGAUUGUUUUGGAACGCUGGGAACUGCUAUUCGACGUAACCGCAGUGAAAAAGAGGAGUCCUAUGAUCGCUACUUUCUCGGACUUUGCCGGUAUCUUGAUGCUCAUAAAGAACACUACCUUCGCCGAUAUCCUGAUACAAUUAAUAGAAGACGAAGGUGCGUUGUCGUUGCAUCAAAUCAUACAGGUGUUCCUGGAGUACUUGCCGUCGCGAGUCGGAAGGGACGGGCACAACGCAGCUGCCACCCUGCAAGUUUUUCUCGAGAAAUAUUUACAUAAUUAUUUCAGUUCGAAAUUCAUGAUGGAGUGGCCACAACCUGUAAAUAAAAAUCAGAUACGCUCGGAUUUUGCUCUCAUUGAGGCGUUCAAACUAUUAGUGCGAUCAUACUUAGGCAAAUUAACUCAAACAAGGGUGCAUAAAACCGAUCUCAAGGAGGAUCAGGGAGAAAAUGAUAAAGAAUAUUUCAUGUUCGCCAAAUAUCGACCGAGCUAUUUGAACAAAAUGCCACCAUACGCCAAAGAUUACCAAAAAAUUUUAGGCAUGAACGAUUUUAAGGAUUUAGAGAAUUUUAACAACGCAUCCGAGACCGAGAAGAUUAUACCUAAGGAAUUGUUUAAGCUGCAAUCCAUACUGUCGUGCGAAUUUCUGCCGGUCGAAUGUUUGCACGAGGUCAAGCAAUUUCUCGAAACGCAAAAUAUCGAUGGAAGCUUGUCUCUCAAGACAUUAUGCAUUCAGAAUACGGAAGAAGUGACGACAAUUCUAAUGGAUAGUUGUCCACAAGCUGUAGUACAGUAUGCGAAGGAUAAAUAUACGAAGGACACUGAGUGGAAGCAUCUUAUUGAAUUAACGCAGGACAAAAUUGCCACUUCAACGACGCAACAGGAGUUACAACUCUUGUACACGCAGAUCAUGAAAGAAAUCCUGAAUUAUUUGCCACAUGCAUUACCUAUGAAAAGUCUACAUCGCAUCUUACCGAGAGAUGACAUGGCAGCAUUUCAAAGAUGCACCGAAAUGUGCAAUCAAAUCAUGCAUGCGGAUCAUGUAAAAUCGUUGAUAAUGGAAACCGGACAGCAACUUUUGACAACUUUAAAGUUGUGAAGAUAGGUUUCCAUUAAAUAUCAUUUGUUAGCUAAUUUCUAGACAAGGAAGUGAUAAUACUAAGGAAUUACGAAUAUAAAUUCGGAUAUCACGUUUUAACAAUGAUAUCACGAAAGACUACUUUGUGUGCACUUAUACUCGCAGAUUAGCCAUUUCUACAAACAUUUCAGACAUAUGUUCCUGAUUAAUGCAGUCACAUAAACUGAUGUUAGUUAAUAAUUGUGCUGAUGCACGCAUUUUUAAUGAUAAAUAACUUUCAUCAAUUAUUUAAAAAAAUUCGAAGGGAGAUAUUAUAAAUAGAAUUUGUCUAUAAUUAACUGUUGAAUCGUUCUAUAUAGAUAUAUUAUAUUAUGACUAAAAAUAUAAAAUCUGUCCCAGAGCAAAGAUAAUAACUUAACACAUAAAGAUUGACAUAAAAUAAUGUAUACAAAAAUUAUAAAUUUGGAGCACAUUAUAUCUAUACAAGAAAAUGUUUUUAAUUAUUCAUUAAUUGAAUUUAGAAAUAAUUAUAUAAAUGUUUGAAUGCUCUACGCAGUUAUAUCAAAAUUUAUUAAUAUUAAUUACAUCAAUCGAUUUUGUUCUGCUCUGGAACAGAAGGUAUGUCUUUAGUGAAAUGAAUUUUACUAAAAUAGUUUUUAUCAAAUCUGUUGAUCCUAACGAGUUUUACGUAAUCGAUUUUUGAGUGUUACAAAACAUGUAACUUUGAUGUGCCUUUAGCAAUGAUUUCUCUUUAUUGUAAAUCUAAUUAUGUUAGAAUGAUUAAUAAUAUUUAUAAUUCAUCAUAAAAAAAAAAAUAAAUACAUAAUAAUCUA